AUGCGACGCACUUCAGUCUCGCUGCCGACCAGAAACGUAGCCCACGAUCCCCACGAGAAAGCAGCCAGAUACGAUACUCGAGCUGCCAGGGAGAGCGCCGCCGGCCUCCUGGGGAAGGUCAAAGCCGCAUGGAUGACGCAAAGCCAGCGUUCUAGAUAUUUGAAAACGGGGGGCAUCUUGCUCUUCAUCGUCUUCUUAUUUUACUAUCUCUCCCCGGGCGGAGUAGAUGUCCAUACCGCAGACUUAGGUCCACAUAAAGAGAGCGUGGAAGGCGAGGCGGCUUCUGACCCGUUACUGUCUACAACGAAGUGUUCACAGUCCAGCGACAAGUCAAAGCCAAUUGUUCAAUAUGCCCUCAUGAUUGAUGCGGGGAGCACGGGCUCCCGAAUCCAUGUUUACAGAUUCAACAACUGCGGUGAUACCCCAGAGCUAGAAGAUGAAGUAUUCAAGAUGACAGAGCCGAAGAAAGGGGGUUCGGGGUUGAGCUCGUUCAAGACAGAUCCCCUAGGAGCUGCAAAGAGUCUCGAUGUCCUGAUGGAUGUUGCGAUGGAGUCAGUUCCAGAUAAACUCAAGUCAUGCACUCCUGUCGCGGUCAAAGCAACAGCCGGUCUCCGAUUUCUUGGAACUGAAAUGAGCCAGAAGAUCCUUGAUGCCGUUCGCACCAGACUGGAGACGGUCUACCCUUUCCCUGUUGUGUCAAAACAAGAGAACGGAGUCGCAAUAAUGGCUGGAGAGGACGAGGGUGUCUACGCAUGGAUCACGACAAAUUACCUUCUUGGCAACAUUGGCGGACCUGAGAAGGCCAAGACGGCAGCAGUGUUCGAUCUAGGUGGCGGCUCAACUCAGGUCGUUUUUGAGCCAAACUUUGAGCUGCCGGAGAAGAUGGAGGAGGGCAGCCACAAGUACAAGCUCGACUUUGGCGGAAGAACCUUCGAGCUCUACCAGCAUUCUCAUCUCGGAUAUGGUCUCAUGUCAGCUCGCAAAUCCAUCCACCGUGCGCUUAUUGAGGACCUUCAUUCAAACGAUCCAUCCGAUAUCACCUGGGUUUCUAAGCCGAUCAUAAACCCUUGCAUCGCCCCGGGAAUGGCCCAGGAUGUUGACGUCGAACUCGUCAAAGGCCAUGCCCUUGGAGAGAAAGUAUCUGUCAAUAUGGUCGGCCCGUCAUCCCCAGCUCCCACACAAUGUCUCAAACUUGCCGAGAAGAUUCUAUUCAAGGAGGCUGUAUGCAAGGUUGCCCCCUGUUCGUUCAAUGGUGUCCAUCAGCCCUCUUUAGAGAAGACUUUCUCGAGUGAGGACGUGUACACCUUUUCGUACUUUUUCGACCGGACCGACCCCCUUGGAAUGCGCGAAUCCUUCACGUUAAAGGACUUGCAAGCGGUGACCGACCAAGUCUGUGGCGGUGUAUCUAGCUGGAAUGCUUUCGAGAGUGUGCCUGGAGCAAUUGCCGAGUUGGAAGACCGACCUGAACACUGCCUGGACUUGAAUUUCAUGCUGGCUCUUCUUCACACUGGGUACGAGAUGCCUAUUGAUAGAGAGGUCAAGAUCGCCAAGAAGAUUAAAGGAAAUGAGCUUGGUUGGUGUCUUGGAGCCAGUUUGCCUUUGCUGAGCCAGUCAUCCGGCUGGCAAUGUCGCUUCAAAGAAAUUUCAUAG